AUGCAAUACACGAUACUGCGAAGUUUGCUUUUCAAUGCCCAUGGUAUGCAGUCGAAAAAUGAAAAAUCAACUCUACUAGGAGGAGACGAGCCUGAACAGAAAGAAAUAGUUGAUCAAUCAAAAGGUGCUAGACCAAAAGUUCGCAAUCCUAAGGAAGCCAAACGCAGACGUUACGCCUCAAAACAAGCUAAAAGUCUAUCAAAACCCAAACUUUUGGAAAGCGUAUCUGAGACCGAAGAAUCGCAAUCUUUGCUGUCCAGAAGUUCCAAGACAGAAUCGGAUUUAAAUAGCAAAGGACAAGAGUUUUUCGGUGUACGAUCCUACGUUCACACAUUCUACGAAGCCAUGGCUAUGGACAAUGUUCCAGACGAACCCAGAUGUCACUUCUACAGUGGCAAUUUUCGAACGCCGCUGAGGAAGAGGCGCAAGCAAGUGCUGUGCUGGCGACUGACCUUCUUUACUGGCCUGCUGAUUCUGUGCGUGGGUCUGACAGCGAUCCUGGUCGGAUUCCUGGUGCCAAGAAGAAAGGAGGUGGUUAACAUCCAAGAAGACAUCGAGAUCAUAGAUCGUGUGGAUCAAGCCUUCAAUCGCGAUCUGCAGCUCUGCAAGGUGGUCGGAAUUGCUUUGUUCUGCACGGGAGGGCUGAUAGUGGCCGCAGUCCUCCUGGCCAUGAUCGCCAAGAUGCCUAAACGUGAUGACCCAGUGGAAGAGAUUCCAAUGACUGAGCCUGAUCGUGGGCCUACUUCACCUGUGGGUACAAAGGUACCAGCAACUGAAGAACUAAAACCAGUGCAGCCGAAAAGAAUGGAUGCGGAAAAACUAGUCAUGACUCAUGCAGGUUUAUGCCAAUUGCCAUAA